AUGACCGUGGAACGCAGCGCCCAGCAGCUGCCGCACCGUUCCUCACCCUCCAUUUACUUCCCCAACCGCAGCCGCCGUGAGGGCCGCCGCUCCGCCAGGGGGCGCUCUCGCCGCGCGCCCGCUCUCACACUGCGCCCGCGCAGGGCCGCCCCCUCGGGGAAGCGGCGUCCGAGCGCACACAACUGUAACCACUAUGAGGAUGCCAGCGUUGUCUGCUCAGAUGCACCGCCUGGAUACUCAAGUAGCUACCCAUGGAGAACUACACCUCCCACGUACACAACCACAGAUGUCUCCAUUCCAUCAAAUGCCUCUCUGAGCUUGGUGAAUGGCCGGAACCGGUGUGAGGGGCGCGUUGAGGUCUACUACAAUGGGAAUCGGGGCACGGUCUGUGAUGACUCCUGGGACAUCAAUGAUGCCGAAGUUGUGUGCAGGCAGCUGGACUGCGGCUUUGCAGUUUCAGCACCAGGAAGUGCCUAUUUUGGACAAGGCUCCGGCACCAUUUACCUGGACGAUGUGCAGUGCACGGGGAACGAGUCGUCCCUCUUUGAGUGCAGGAGCCGUGGCUGGGGCGUGCACAACUGUAACCACUAUGAGGAUGCCAGCGUUGUCUGCUCAGCUGCUAAUACCUCAACCCUUAUUCCUACUCCACCAUCCAGCACACCUGCUUCGAAAUAUUUCUGUGGUAGCUUCCUUUCCAAUUCAUCUGGGACAAUACAGAGUCCUUUUUAUCCUUCAAAUUAUCCAGAUAAUGCAGAUUGCUUGUGGGAAAUACAAGUCAUGAACAAUUAUCGCAUUAUGCUCACAUUUGGAACUAUUCGCUUGCAAGGUGGAUGCCAGUAUGACUAUAUUGAGAUCUAUGAUGGUCCUCCAAGUACUUCUCCUCUGCUUGGAAGAAUUUGUUCUGGUUAUAAUAUCAUGUACACAUCCUCUUCAAAUAUGAUGACUGUCAGAUUUCACAGUGACUCUAGAUAUUCAAAUAGAGGGUUUUAUGCUGAUUAUCAUUCCUUUCCAGCAGAUCAGAACACCGCCCUCUUUUGCUUCCCAAGCCACAUGCGUGCAGUUGUAGAGAGAAACUAUCUUCAGUCACAGGGUUACUCUGUGUGGAAUGCUAGCUUGUCUGACCCUUCUUGUAGACCAAGAAUUACAUCAACCCAGGUUAUAUUCAACAUUCCAUACAACAGCUGUGGUACUCGUAGACAGAGCAACAACGAGACUUUCACUUAUUCCAACGUGAUAAGAGUAUUUGCUUCUGAUUCCAUCAUCAAGAGGAAAAAGGACCUUUACUUGCAUGUGAACUGCAAAAUGCUUCAGAAAACCUGGGUACAAGUAAUGUACAUUGCUGAUGACGGUGGUGUUGCUAACGUUGAUGAAACCCAAUAUGGCAGAUACAAAGUGGACUUUGCAUUCUACAAUUCCUCCUCUUUCCUUCUGCCAGUGUCUGACUUUCCUUAUUAUGUUGAGCUGAAUCAGAAUUUGUUCCUUCAAGCUUCUCUUCGCAGCAAUGACUCAAACCUGGUGCUGUUUGUGGAUACGUGUGUGGCAUCACCUGAUCCUAACGACUUUACAACACUGACCUACGACUUGAUCAGAAGUGGGUGUGUUAAAGACCCUACCUACUCUUCUUACUAUUCACCAUAUCCAAGCGUCAGUCGGUUUGCUUUUAAUGCAUUCUCCUUUGUUAACCGCUACCCAUCAGUCUACCUGCAGUGUGAGAUGGUGGUGUGCAGGUAUGGUGACUAUUCUUCCCGCUGCUAUCAAGGCUGUGUGAACAGGUUCAGGAGGAAUGCAGGAUCUUCCCAGGGAAAAGUGAGCGUUGUCAUCGGGCCUGUUCAGCUUCAGGAGGCUCCCAGUGAGAACAGGAAUGCUGAGCUGGCCUCCAAUACCCAGGUGAGAGAGGAGCACGAGAGCCCUGUGAAUGCUUCCAGCUCCCACAUUCCUCUGGCUGUGACAGCCGCUGUGCUGGCGGCUGCCAUCCUCACAGUGGGAGGAAUUCUUCUGAAGCGCAAAAUGCAAGAACCCAUCCCCUACCAGAUAAUGUGAGAGGUGACCGAGAGUCUGCAGGUGGAGAGUGCAAUUUGGAUGUUUCAGAGCAUUCCAACUGAGUUCCUGUUUUGUUGCUGUGUCUCAGGAGACUGAUUUCAGUGGCUUGGGAAAGAACUGAUUUCUUUUGCCAUUGCUUACAUGCACAUAGAACACUUGUGUGGUGUUCUACUGGUAUUAGAUACUCCACAGAGUAGCCAAGAAAAAUGUAGAGAAAAGUAUCUCGAUAAUCAGCCAUAAAAUAAAAUACACAGAUAUUGCACGUAAGGAAUUGUUCCUGUACAAUGUUAUUUUAGUGGGGGGACAUGGUUCUUCACAUUUAUAUGUUUCUCUGAGAAAAUGUAGGCUACUUAUAAAUAUUUGCGUAGAUGAUAAAUACAAUCAAACCUGUUGUGUAAGUGUGUAAUUUAAAAACACAGGGGAGGAAGCAUUUGUAGCACAAUUUUUUUUUUUGUACUUGCAAAUACACUGCCUAUGUGUCUGAGCUCACUGCUAAUACAUUAUUGGAUUGAAGGACAUGGUUUCUGAGAAAGUGGCUUUGCCAAGGAGUGAUCUGUACUCUUGCUAUUACGCAUUUCUAAAUCUGUAGUGGCAAGGGGAAUGUACGUAAGUUGCCAUAAGGAAGUGUGACCAGCCUCGUAUCCCUGUGUGAAAACAAAAUAAUAACAUUAAUAAGGGAAGAACCUGUUGGGAAGAACCCACUUACUACAGGUGAAAAGACCAUUGGUAUUUGGUUGAGAAAUGCUCCUCUUUAGACUUUUUUGUUUUCUAGCAAGCAAUGAUGGAGGAAAACUUGUUAGGAACAGCAUGAAGUACUACCUGUGAGGUGAGCCAGAGACAAAGUAGUGACUUAUACUUGAGGCUACAUCUUGUCCUGGUGAGAAAGAUAAGAGUAGACAGAAAUAGUCAUUACAGCAUGUAGUAUUUCUUACUGCCUUUUCUAGGUGAACCCAGGCAUCUUCUCACUUCCUCAUGCGCUGUGGAGAAGGGACCUAAUAAGGAUGGACUGCCACUGCCUACAGAGAAUGGAAGUGCGUUUUGUUACCCACACAUGAGGAACAAGGACUGAGGAGGGUCCUCCUCUUUUCUACCUACCACCCUACAACCGUAUUUGAAGGGCAGAGCAGUCAAGGAAAAGGACCAUCUUCUCUGCUCUUCACACACCUACUUUCUCUCUUGCACCAGCUCUUGCUGUUGUACUGCUGUUGUGCUACUCCAUAACUUUUCAUAGUCUGAUGGCACUUUUUCCACAUCUCACAUUUCCAGAGCAUCUUUGUGAUCAGACCAGGAGAAAUAUCCUAGGCUCAGGAUGUUGAUGCCUCCAGUCAGCAACAUGCUUGUGCUUUUCAGAAUUGUUUUCCUAUGCUACAUCUGUGCCAGGGGUUCUAGAUGAAGAUAUAUCAAGGUUGUACAAGAAUACAGGGUAGAAGUACCAAGUGCAGUGGUUUCCAUGUUAAAUGUUGCUGUGAAAAACACUAGUAAACUGCUCAACUAUUUGAAGUCCCAAAACCAUUGUCCUACUCUCCCCACAGUUUCCUUGAUCCACAAACAUUGUAGAAAUGUGGAGUUCAAGAAAACUAGGCUUGGUGAGGAAAAAAAAUCGUUUUCUGAGGUAAAUGUGCUCAUUGAAUGGCCCUUUGUUAAGUAUCUUCCCUCCCACCUCCUGUCCCACCACAUUCAGGAGCACUUCUAUUGGUAAAUCUAAGGGACAUGACUCAGCUUUUCUGAUCCACUUGUCUCUUCACUGUAAAACAAACAAAUCAAUUUGUAUUGACAUGCUUCAUGUCACACAGGCAACAGAGUUCAAGAGGCCAUCAAGGAACCUGAUAAAUUUGACUAAACUGCCUCAUGGGAUCAUAACGCAGGCAUUCAGACUAUUGGCCCUUUUUGUAGAAGUCUGUGGACACCCUCAUUCCAGUGUAGAUGCUUGGGAUAGUCAUGGAUGAAAACUGAUCAGUCUCCUAUGUCCUUUCAGUUGUUUUCAUCCGAACAUCACAAAAGCCAAAAUGUCUACAGAACAGGCAGCAGAACAUAAAGCAUUUUCAAAGUCCUUUCACAGAGUAAUAUGCUGAGAAACAUUUCAAGCUGCCAGAAGAAGUCCUAGAGAGCAAAAAUACAUUAUUGCUAGAGACCUUCUACCCAGUGGGAAGGAUGAAAACAUCCUCUUUACGGUAUUUGACUGAAUUAAUAUAAUCUGAACGUAGUAGUUAUCUAUUUCUACUGUUCAGAUUGUCUGAUGAUUAAGAGCUCUAGAAAUAUGUAGAUCUUUGACGUUUGUCACAAAAAAUUAAUUAACGAAGAAUGAAGUGAAAAAUAAUCAGUGUUGUUCAUUUACCUGGACAGCUUAGUGGGUAUUUUUUCCACUGAGACAUAUGGGAGUCGCUUUUGUGUUCCCUUUCCUCCUACGCCUUUUCAGUUAUUACAAGAGUUUGGAGAAUUGCUGUCCAUCACUUACUCUUGCUUCACUGAUUGCAGUGUUGAAUUGGUCAGCCAAACGUACUGUAUUUUCUCUGUUUCUUGCCAAAAUGUCAAAAACAGAAGAAUAUGAAUAGUGAAUACCAAUCGCUGGGUACAUUUCCUCAUUCAUGUGUGAAUGUGGUUGUUUGGAUAAAGAAGAAAUAUGUUUACUCUUCACUUAGAGUUGCUUUCAAGGCUUCCAACCUUAUCUUUGGCCUCUUGUGUUUUGCACUUCCUUCUUCCAUUCCAAUAAUGCUGGCCUUUGUGGAAAGACCUUCUAAGUCAUUAUUUUUCCCUUGGGCUCCUCGGAUGCAAUAGAUUUGUACAUUACAAUAACUGUGCCACAGAUUUUGACUGCUGAUAAUGCCUCUCAAGCCUUGAUGGCUGUAAAGGUAAGAAUCGAAUGCAGAAUGAUAUUUUGGCUCUUCAAUCUUAGGAUAGUUGUCAGACUCCUAGCCACUCUGACAAGAGAAUGAUGAAUGAUAAUUAAACAUUAUUUUAUGCUUUGGAAAGCUUUGGAUACAUUUUUCAAAUUUUAGAACAAACCUAAGUUUGCUAAAUAUGCUUAGACCCCACUGAUUUUUCUGCUGGGUUUUCACAAAAAGUUAUUAGCUGACCGUGAUUGUCUUCACAUUUUCCUUGCCAUUAACAGUUUCAUGGUGAACAGAGUAUGAAUUUUGACAUGAACUUAAAAUUCCAAAAACAAAUAUAUUCAUGCUGGAGCUGCAAGAUUCUUCAGAUACCUCACAGUGAUUCACUUAAAACCUUGGAACAGCCUCACUAAUUAUCUGGAGCAAGUUGCCCACAUAGUGUGGUAAAGUAUGUAUCACUUAAAGCGGUGUGAGAUCCUCUCUGCUUAUGGCUGAGGUGCUCAAGAAAGUAAAUCAGCAAGCAAGCCUUGAUGCCUCUCUGAGGUCUGCUGUUGUUACAAUAGCUGGCAACUGGUAACUCAGCACAGAAUCACAGAUCGCCCCCUCUCCUUUCCUCAUAUCUCCAUCAUAUUGCCUCUCCAGUGGCUUCUAUGACCACCAAGAGCAUGCAGCCACUUGCAGCCCCCUUCUUGUUGGCUCUACUGCUGAAGGUAGAAGCACUGAAAUUGAGGUAAAGCUAGCAAUGCUGAUAGGACCGAAGUGUCUAGAUGGUCUACUGGUUAUCUUCACUUUAUAUUUAGCAACAGCCACAGUUCUGAUGGGUUAUGUUCAGAGACUCCCCCUUGUUCUUGAUCGCGGUCCUAUUUUAUCAUAUUUAAAGUAUGCCAAAUCUCUACCCAAUUGAUGGCUCCUUGGGGAACUUGUCUCAGUAGCUGGAACCAAGGUAUGAAGUUCUCUAACAACCUUCUUGGAGGUAAUCCCAUUUGAAUUUCAGGAUCCCACUACCUUCCUCAGACUUGCCAAGAUUUGUCAUCAUAAAAGAAAAAUAUAAGAUUCAUCAGCCAGAAUCAAGAGGUAUCUUUGGAUAAGAGCUCAUUUUGUUUGUACAACGAGGUGAUUGUACAACUCAUAGUAGCAUAAAUAUUUUCUUCCAAGCAGUGGAAAAUGUUACUCUUGAGAUACUAUCUUCAAGCAGAAACCAGGAUGUGACAAAAUAUUGAAUAACAAA